AUGGAUGAGACCAAGAGAAAGUCGGACUUCCAGAUAUCCGAAGAUGGGAUACUGAAGUUCCGUUACACUGCAAAGGCCCAGGACCCGUCUGCUAUACCUCCUCCUGAUGGCGAGUUGACUAGUGUGGAAACUAGUUUGGCGCAGUCUGGAUUGCAACAAGCGCCUGCAGCACCUGAGCUCUCGGAGGCUGAGCAUGAACCAGAACCUGAUGAAUCGCAUGCGGGGUACGAUCCAAUGUACGUGGAUCUCGAGGCGAUCCCAGAGAAAGAACCGGAAGAGGAAGAGCCCGAGGCAGAACCCGAGGAUGAACCUGCUGAGCCUGAAGGAGAACCGGAGUAUAUACCCUCGUAUGAGCAGUGA